UUGAACAUUUAAAGAGAAAUCAAACAGCUACCUUGAAUCGGCCAGCAAACCAUGACAGAAGAUAUACAGAAGAGGUUUCAUUCAAUUAUGGGCAAACUAUUCCAUGCUCCGAAGCCAAAGAAAUCCCGCCAGGAUCUUUUAUUCUCUGGAUCUCUCCUUUCUUUCGUCGAAUUCGUCUCCGUCAGGAUGCGCGGGAAUCCGACAUUGACUACGUCGAUGGCCGAACUGAACUCGGGAGAAGACACAGUGGGAGGACUCGAGCGUUCCGCCAUCCAUGUUGGGUCGGCGCAAGCUCCGCUUUGCAGACUGUGGCAUCGAGGCGAUCUUAUGAAGAGGUUAGCUGCAUUCAAGGCGAUGACGUGGUUCGGCAAACCCAAGGUAACAAGUGCUGUAAACUGUGCCAGGAGAGGUUGGUUCAAUGUAGAGACGGACAUCAUAGCUUGUGAGGCAUGUCUCCUCUUUUCUACUCCCUGGACACAGGAGCAAGUUGAAAAGGCUGCUGCAGUAUUCAGCUUAAAGUUGGAUAAUGGACACAAACUACUUUGCUUGUGGAUUGGCAAUGCCCGUAAUGAGACACUAGUACAGUUUCCACUAAACCUGCUCCAGCUUUGGUUGAUGGGCUCAAAAGCUCAUCAGUUUAUGUGGAUGGGAACCUCGAUCACUAUCACUACCUUACAUGGUUGAAUGCAAGGAUCUAUCAACUCAAUCUGCAAAAGAUUUGGAGUCUUCUUACAAAAUGCUAAUAGACAUAGUUCUAGGCUUCUAGCAUUAAUGUCUACCCACGAUCAGGUCUUGAUGAGGUUGCUGAUGUGGUUAAUAAUUCCCCAACUAUUGGUGGACAUCCUUCUGAUCCAGACUCUGUUGUUCUAAAUUGUGGGCUUUGUGGGCCACUGUUGGACUAUGGCUUUUGCUAUGGUUCCACAGCCUUUGGAAUUAUUGAAAUUAGUUCGAUGUUCAGAAGUCAUAUGCCGAAAUUAUUCAAGUAAUUAUGAUGAAAAUGCAAUUAGUUAUGUUAUGGGGACUCCAACAACCCAUCAAAGGAAAGAUCAGUCAGUAACCUUAAAUUUGGCAAUUGCAGGAGGUCCCCCCACCAAUAAAACAGAACUUCAGAGCAACUGUUUUUUUGCCCAUUAUUCACCUGGCAUUUAAGGGCUGAAUUCUCUCCUAGUUGUGAUGUUAGACAUCAUGCUUUAUCUAAAUUGUCAUGCACAAAUGAAGAAAAUGUUCAAUUCAAUUCAUAGAGAAAUAAUGUCACAGCAAGAAAUAAGUGACAUUGACAUUGACAUGCUCACUGGACAUAAUACUCAGCCAAAAUUUUUGGAGACAUCAAAAGACAAAAGAAAUGACAAUAGGAAUCACCUUUCAAGCGGUGGCAUUCAAUUAUCAUGUUUGAAUCAGGAGUCCAAUGAAGUUGGGGUUGCACCUGCCGAUGAGAAUAAUCAUGACAUAUCUCUGGAAGAUGCUAUUGGGGAAGUACUUCCUUCUGUGCAAGAAAUUAGUCCAUCCAAGGAUUCCAGGAUGGGCGAUGCAAUUGAGAACAUACAAAAUUUACCACCUGAUGGAGAUAGACAUGUUGUCUUGCCCAGGGAUGCUGAAGAUGUGGGAAUAAUCAAUUCAGAAAGAAUGGUUAGCAUUAGCUCUGAAGUUAGAGUAUCCAUUACAACUUCAGAUGCUAAUGGUACGGCCGAAACAAAGAAAUUAAAAAGAAUAACUCAUUGAUGAUGAUUGCAGCUGAGGAGGAAAAUGAAGUUUUGAGCCACGGUUUUGGCAAGUCAAGCUGUUCUCAUUCUCUUGUCAUCACAUUUCAUGAAUUUGAAAAUGCUUCCAUUCUCUUUGUUAUGUUGUGAAUUCAUGCUUUUUUAAAUCUUAACUUGUGACAUUUUCUAUGCAUCAUCUGUAAGCCAAUAGAGAUAAGGAUAGCCUAAGAGUCUCGAAGCGGAUCAGAAAAUGCUUUAAUAGCCAGAGAAAUAGGUUACAGAAAGGGUGUUGAAAGGAGGGAGGAGGAGCUUCAAGCUGCAGGAGAGGAGGUUAAGUCGAUCCUGAUAAAAGAAGAUCUAGAGGUCAGGACGGUGUCAGGGGAUGAGGAGGAGGAAGGAAGCCAAGCCGAUGAGAAUAGUCUCAUUUUGUCUCAACAAGCUGAUAAAAAAAGGAGGGGGACAAAGUGGAGCUUAUGAGUUUGGCGGAUAGGGAAGUUAGUAUUGGAAACAAUUUAGGUCUUUUCUUUUGGGGAGGUGCAGAGUUUGCUAGAAGAGCUUUCAAAGUCUUUGAAAAGAAGAAAAGGGAAGAGAGAGCAAAAGAAACUACGACGGAAGCAUGAUUUAAUUUGGGACGAGGACGAUGAUGAAUUUGACGAGGCGUUUGAUCCUGAAGACUAGACAAUGUAUGUGUUUGGUUCCAUGGGCAUUUAUGGAUAGGCUGUUUAUACGUACUUUUUCACUUUAAACAUUUAUUUGUACUUUUCCACUUUAAACGUUUCCCGUUUUUGUUGUUUGGUUGGGCUUCACUUUAAACGUUUUUUACUCUCCACCUCAGAUUAAUACCCAUUAAAGUGUGCCACAUCAGCAUUUAGUUUCAAGAAACGCUGGGGUGUUGGGGGAAACAAGAAUUUGACGUUUCCCCAAAUACCCCAUGCACAAAAAUCAAAGCGUUUCAGUUUUCUACCAU